UUGAUUUGUAAGUCAAGUCGAGAGUUUGCCAGAGUAAGCGUCAGCAUCGUCGGUUCUGGUUGUGGUUCAUUUCGAGCCUUUCGAUAGCUGGAAGCAUCCGGUGGUGGAGCCUGUGGUGGAACCGAGUGGCAAAAAGCGAAUCCAAUCCCCCGCAACCCCGCAACAAACGUAUCGAACCACCAGCACACCAACACUAGCAAAGACCCCGUAGUGCGCUUCAUUAGUGUGUGUGUGUGUGUGUACGUGCGUGUUUCUGUGUUCCCCCGCCCGGUUUUCGCACGGACAGUUCAGUCAGAUCCGGACGGAGAGAGUGAGAGGUCGAUCCCCAUCCAAAUCGGCUGCUGGGUCGCGGUCGGACGGAGUGAAAAUGUUUAGCUGCCCUUGCCUGAACGUGUCGAUAGUCGUAAACGAUGAAAACACCGCGGCCGUCAUUAGCACCAACCACACCGCCGCCGUCGAUCCCGGGCCAGUGACGUUGAGGAACGAGCCGAAUGGUCUGCCGCGGCCAUCGCCAACCGUGAUUGCCGCACUGUCGGAAGGAAAAUCACGCGAGCUGGUCGGCUUCUUCCAGGAGGUGGUUGGACCGUUCCAGGAUGCAAGUGUGACCAUGCAGCUGACGAUGAUGCUGAAGACAAUCCCGUGCGACGAGUGGAGCGUCUGUAAAUGCCUCAACUGUGGCUGUGUUGCCUUUGCGCGGGCUGCCUCCAACCCGGCCAACAUCCUCAUCAAUGGGACACUAUCGGUAACGCCGGAGGAAAUCAGUCGACGAAAAGCGCAGGAAAACUAUUCGCCCGCGUACAGGAUCGUGCUGGACGUGCGUGCGGCCGAUUUCCGGGGCUUCUAUCGGAAGGAUCAGUACCGCAGCCUGUUUACCGCCGCGGCCAACACGCUCGACAGUACGAACGAUCGCAAUGAGCUGCUCGAGUCGCUGCGCGCGUUCAUGCGCGCAGAAACGCAGCAAGCGAACGAGCGCAUCGCCCGCUUCACGCAGGAGAUGAACGAGCAGCUGAGCAACGUGCGCGAUCGGGCCGAGCAGGACUACCUGUUCCUGGCGCAAACCUUCGUACCUGAACUAGUAGAUAGCAAAAGUGGCGCCGGCGAGCAGCAGCGCUCACCGUCCGCCGCCACCAGCCCGACGGUGGAAAAGUCGCACCAGCCGCUGCUAACGAGCUUAGGCACACCGACGGGAGGUGUUGCUACUGGGGCGGCGGCCGGUGUGGCCGGCAGUCAGAUGGAAACGCCACCCCCGACCCCGGAGAGUAUGCCGAUGUCGACCGGCAACAGUCCGCCGUCGAUCGUGAACGGUAACGGGACGAGCUCGGCGGGCCAGCCGGAAGCGAACGGUGGUGGCUUCAAGCUGGUGGGCGCUGCCGGCAAUCAGCGACCAAUGUCGCUUAGCAACAGUGCCGCCAACUCGAUCAACAACAACAAUACUGCAAACAGCAACCAAGGUGCCAUUAGCAAACCACCAACUCAGCAGCAGCAGCAGCAGCAGCAGCAACAUUCCAUGAGUACAAAUCUCUUUGCCAAUCAGGGCAGCGCCCUGGGGACGGUCGGGUCCGUGCCCGGGCUGGCCGGCAGCGUCGGCAACCUAACCGGGGGCGCUGCACAUAGAUAUAAUAGCAACAGCGUCAACCAUCAACGCUCCCAGCCGAUGAUGUUCGACUCGGACUGUCUGUUCGACAUUGAUGGCAUGGAGAAUGACAAGACGCCACCGCCGGAUGAUAUUUCCGACGAGGAAGAAUGUGAUUAUAAUGAUACAUCCGACAAUAAUAAUCGGUCGGAAGGCGGCAUGUUCAUACCGCGCCAUCAGUACGGACGGCAGAGCAGCUCGAUUGCGAAAAGUCUUCCGAUUUCGAUGCCGAAAAUGAUGACCCCGUUCCGUGCGAACGAAGAUGAUCUCGAUGAGAUGGUUGAAGAUGCGGUCGACAUUGCGGCCAGCAUCAAGGCCAUCGCCAAAAGCGUCCAUGGCGAGGCGGUGUUUGGCGAUUUACCACGCCGUCAAAUCCAAAAGUUCACCUCCCAAAUAUGAGUGUGAAGAGCGGAAGAGGAAGAUCUCAUCUUCUCAUACAUUUUUUUUUGAUUGGCUCUUUCUCUGAUGAUGCAGGUAGUAGAGUGGGGGAAAACAUUCACACACACACACACACACACACACACACACGGGUCGACAACCUACAGAGACAGACAGCGUCAGGUGGACAAAGGAUACGUUACGAUCCGGAUCGUGUGGUGAUAUGUUGUCGUCGUCAUCUCCGUGUAUGAGUGUUAGUUGGUAUGUGUACACCGCGGGCUGCUGAGGCCCAUCAUUUUUUUCCCUCGUCCGGAAGUCAUUUGUCAUCAAUUUACUAUAUUUUGGCAUCGUUCUUUGCUAAUUCGUGUAUUUUUUUAAGUUUUAAGAUCUAAAAAGUAUAACAUUUUAAUGCGUUUGUUUGUGUUAUCGGUGGGCAAACGGACGGUACACAGCAAGGAUAAGAACCCCGCGUGGAGGUGCGUUUGUGAGUGUGUAUGUGUGUGUUUGUGCUUUAGUAUUUGGAAAACGAUCCCUCCCACCAACACACUCACACGGGAGGGAAAUAUUUUCAUUUACUUCUAAAUUUAGUCACUCUUAUUUUCAUCCCGCUCUGUUUCCUUGUUGGCUAAAUGAGAGGUAACACUUCUCAUGCCUCACGCUCACCACUCCCCCAAACCACGAACUCAAAUGUACGAGUUUGAUCUAUUUUUAAAUAUCUUCACAGAACCAUCCACACACACACACAUACACACUCUCGCGGCCAAUCGGGGAUGGAUUAACCAUGUUUCACUUGAAAUAAUCAUGUGAUUUCGAAUUUCCACCAGUAGAAGAAGCAACAGAACAGUGAUUGUGGAGCAGAACUUUGGUUUGAAUGUUGGCUUACGAAUACAAAGAUCACAUUGCGGGAGGAAGGAUCCCUCAACACCCUUCCAACGCUUCGGUUUAGUUCAACGUCAUGCAUCCAUGUCACCACUACCGUAUAAAGUGACUUUCCGGUUAAUUUUUAACUCGUUACAAUAUUAGUGUUUACGGCAAAGCGAAAGCAGAGCAAUGCGAAGGAAUAAGAGAACGGAAAGCAGAGAAUGUGAUUAAUUUGGGAAUGGAUUCAGCCGCGGCAAGCGAUAGGUAGUAGUGUAGGCAGAGUCAACAGAAGCAACCAAUUAGCGAGUAAGAAUAAGAAAGCAUGUUACAAUCACGAGAGAUCAUGCGGAGGGGAGGGGAGGGGGAAAGAUCGUUACGACAGUAACACACGAAUCAAGCGGAAGGCAACGCAGCGAAAAGCUGUCGAAUUAAAGCGACAGCUGCUAUUGCAAUGUUUUGUUUUGGGGGGAAUGUCGUUUCCUGCAUAAUGUUAAUCUCUCUCCCUUCACUCUCUCAAUCGUGAAUGCUGUGGCUUGCGGAACCGGAAGCCGCCGGAUCUACAGCGUGGAGAUGCCGCCCUGGCGAGCACACACCAUCCUCAACGCAUCUCCCUCUCCCAUGUUGCCAUGUUUUCAAGUACAAUAACGCGCAUCCAAUGUUAUAUUAAUCCCUACAACCUGUGGGUCCAGUUUGUUUGAUUAAAAACGCUACUCUAUAUAAUAAAUCGUCGAUUUUAUACACGAGCAAAGAAGCACCAUCCUAUCAUCACCACCCUGCUCCUCCUUCCCUCUUGCUCUGUUUUGCGUGGUGAGAUGGAGGAGGAUGUCGGAUGUUUUGAGCCCUUUUGCCCGGUCGGUUCGGUUGUUUCGUACAGGACCUACGUACACUUAUAUACACACACAAAUAGACAGAAUACCUCGUUCGUUCACUCCGAAUCAAAACGGACAAUGGGAAACUUCCCUACAUUUCGCCCAUAUACCGUGUCCACCCCGAAAGAGACCCAACAGUGGACGUACCACGUUUCCUCUUAAACUAAACUACCUCCAAACAACAACGCUCGUUCUGUUGUAUUGUUCAAUUUGAUCCGUUUCCAACUUCCGUUGAGAUGAUGUUGGGAUUUUUUAAAAUAACUUCUCUUCAAAGGUUUUCCAGGAGUUCUCAUAGCUUUGGGACACUUAAUUGACUCUUUCUUACAUGAAAUGAACUUAUUGCAAUGGGAAUUGGACUCUCUAGCACCCUUGUUGGACAAAUCCAAUUGGAAUUUCCAACGAGCCUGUCUAAAUUGGGUGCGAUAUAGUCCAAUUUCUAGCGUAUGAAGUUCACUUCCAAUAGGAAAGAGUCAAGGAAGUGUCCCACUGCUAUGGGAACCCCUGGAAAACCCUGUAAGUGGAUAUGAUGGACUUACAAAGAACGUUAUCAAUCAGUAAUGGCAGAGAGCACCGGAUCGCCGGCCGAGAAACAAUCGUCCAAAGCAAACGCGGUACAACAGCUAAUCAGAGUGUUUCAUUAUCACGCUGUCGAACUUGUGGGAAGAUUUUAGGAAUCCUCUAUGGGGUGAGGGGGGUAUGUUUUCCCAAAAAAAGGAAACAGCAAGGAGAGAAUAGUAGACCGGAUCCAACGAUUAUUCACGCAUACCUAGUAACGUGUUAUGUUAUAUACGCCCUACCUAUAUAUUAAACAAAAAGCAAAAAAGUGGAAAGAGCAAA